UUCCGCAACCGGCCCUCUCUCCAUAUGCAACCAGUUAACAUUUUGCUGCUGCACAAAGAUUCGAUUCCGCUACCGUCCCUCUUUCCAUAUGUCCAUUCUCGUUCCUUUAAUUUAGCCAAUAAUCCUACUGUCUUUGUUGAAGAUUCUUAUGGUCGAUACCAUGUCAGGAAUACACUUUUGUGCUGAGUAAGAAUUUGAGUUGCUUCAUGAUCUAAUGCAACGGUACUUUUUUUUUUUAAAAAAAAACUGUAGUGUCUUUCGAUUUCCCUUCUUUAUGGUAGGAACCAACGGAUCACAUGCAAAUUUUUGACAAUGGGCUCUCACGCUGCUCUGUGUCGUUCGGGUGGGUUUUUUUCUACCAGAAGAGCCGAAUGCCACGCCUUGGUUGGUGGAACCAUCUUUUUGUUCUCAUUAUUUGUGAUAAAGAUAAGGUGCAGUUUGUUUGAUUGUUUUUGCGGUGGUCCUUGAGGAAAUAAAGAGAAAAGGAAAUGAAUUUGUCCACUUUCAUUUUAGGUUCAAUAGGAUUUUCUAAAAUGUAUGUAACUAAACGUAACAAGUUCUAACUACUUUGGCAAUCAAGACUAAACAAUAAAAAAGAACAUGUGUGGACAGAGAAUUGAGCUCUAUCCUAUGUCCUCACGGUUCUCAACUUUUCCCAAAACCCGCAAAAUGAAAAAUAUUAUCACUAAUGUUCAACAUAACUGGAAAUGAGAACUUACACAUAAAGUGAAAUAAGUUAAUAACAUUUAAAAGUGCGGCUUAUACAACUUUCAUAAAUAACCUCGAUGAUAGAUCUUUACAUUCUAUUUUUCAAUAGGCACUACAUCCCAAUUGUUUUAAAUUGCUGGUAUUGCCAACUCUAACUAUUGUAUGCAGUGCAACAUAGUUAUUUCCUUCAGUAAUUUUCAACUGCGUUUUAUGAUUUCUGGAUUGAUUGCCAGUGAAACAUUUUACAUCAAAGAUUCAUAUGCUAAUAUAUUUGAUGACGUCUUUGACUUCCUCUUUUAUUCAGUUUGUUGGUAUGUGCUUAAGUGGAGUAGAGCAAAAUUAUACCUUGCGAGGAAGAUGCAAGAUCUGUCACUUCAUUCUACUUUGAGUGAUGCUCAAUGGAUAUGCGUCCACUAAAAGAACCAAUAACAUCUUGAGAUUCUCUUGGAUAGCCGAAGCAGUAAAGUCUGUCCCAAUGAUUGAUUUAUCACAUAUUUAUUGAUAAGGAUGAUUUCUGUGACACACAUGUAUCCUGGCUGAUUCAUAGGUUUGUUCAGCUACUGGUUGAACAUGGACUAGAUUUGCUUCAAAAGUAGAUACAGGCCUUUGAUUCCUGUUAAAUAAAGUUGGAGUUGAUACAGGAUAAGUUCAUUACAGUCAGCACUGUGUCUAUCUGGAAUAUUAUCUGCCUAGCUAAGACCUAGUCAUAAUUGUUAUCAUCUUUUGUUCAUGCGAAAAAUAUCUUGCAGACAUUCAAUUGGAUUUUCUGCUAGAAUUUGGCGAAUUAUGACUUUUCCUCAUCAACUAUUAGAAAAAAUAUAUGCAAACUGAAGGAAAUAAAAAAAUGUCCAUCUUCUACAUAGUCUGAUCUUAGGUAGUCAAAUGAUCAAUAUUGAUGGUAUUCUUAUGCAAACAUGUCAACAGAGCAUAUAUAAUGGAAUUUUUAUAUGGCUUAUUUCAUUGUUGGCAUUUUCACUCAGUUUUCACUUUUGUAGAAUUAUACAAGAUGAAAAGGCUUCAUACAUGAUGCAAUGUAUUAUUUGUUUUUGACAAUGAAUCCAGAUAAGACAAGCUUACCAAGCAUUUAACUAGAAUAUCUAGUAUGUUACAGAUAAAAUACAAUCUGCACAAAAAUUGCUAGUCUUCCUAUUGUUGCAUUUUUAAUUUUAAACUUCUAUUUAAAAAAAAAAAAAUCAUAACUAGAGUUCAAAUGUUUCCACUUUUUAUCUUUGGCAAAAUCUACGAUCCAUAGUUUUGGCAUUUAUCAACUAAAAAAAAACUAGUGAUGUGUUUAUGAACACAAGGAUAUUUCCUUUGUGAUUUACUGUAUUGUCCUGAUGCAGCAUUUUGUAUAUUCGAUAUUGUGAUGCGAAUAUUCUUGAAAGUUUGUAGAUCGCUUGGUUCUUUGUCUCAUAUAUAUCUGUUUGAUUCCGUAUUAGCUUAUCCCAUUCAAUUUUAUAUUUUGAGGAGAAUGAACAUGACGUACGAUAAUGAAUGUGAUGUAGAAUGAACACGAACUAAGCCUCACAGAGUAUUGAAAGUAGAAAAUUUUUAUUAAUUGAAAGCUACAUAGAGACUAUGUGUUUUAUUGCCUCAAUCCUAAUGAAAACUAGGAAUUCAGGAGAUACAUUUAUCCAUAUUAAUUAACUAUCCAAAAUAAAAGGUAACAAAUCAAGAUAGACUAAUUACUAAACAACUAGAUCUAUUACCAAUCAACUCAAAUCUGAAUUCUAUAUCAAACAUUCUCAAAUUUGAUUACUUUUUUGCAUCAUUAAUGAGCUGAUGAUGUAAUUGGAGAACAUUUUGGUAAUAAUUCCAAAUAGAGAAAAAGAAUUAAAUUGGAGAAUAUUUGAAUUUUGAAUUCCAAGUUGAGUUGUUUGGUAAUAGUUCUAGUUGUUUGUUAAUUAGUCUAUUUUGACUUGUUAUCCUUCACUUUGGUAGUCAAUUAGUGAGAAUAAUUGUAUUUUUCAAUUUACUUAUUUCUUUACUAGUUUUUAUUAGGAUCAAGUAUAUAAAAGUCCUAAUCUCCUACGUUAACCUCUGAUACUUGGAUUUCUUCAUCUACCUUUUUUCAUGUCAAAUACCAACACUCGAACAUUCUUAGUGAACUUUCGAUAUUUAUAUUGAUUACAUGUAAACAUGUUUAGAAAACUGUGUCUAGCACUUGGAUUCACAUGGUACAAUUCUGAAUAACACAGGAACAAACAGUGGAGAGGAAUUUCAUCUAAAUGAAAUAACUCAAGAUGUGUUCGGGACUGUAGCAGUUGCAUUAUUACCUCCUAUUUAUAGAGACAAUGAUCUGGGCAUAUAACUGGUUUCAGGGGUUCCUAGAUGAACAAUUUUUUCAGAUAGAAGAGCUGCAAGAUGAUGUUAGCCCUAAUUUUGUGGAGGAGGUUGUAACCUUGUUCUUCAAGGACUCAUUGAGACUAAUGGGCAACAUUGAUCAUGCCCUAGAGAAGUUUCCUCAAGAUUUUGAUCGGCUGGACUCACUAAUACACCAACUAAAGGGUAGUGCUUCCAGCAUCGGUGCUGCAAAGAUGAAGAAUGAAUGCACUGUUUUCAGAGAUUUCUGUGACAAAGAAAAUCAAGAAGGAUGCAUAAGAUCAUUCCAAAAGGUUAAGAAGGAGCAUGCAUGCUUGAGACAGAAGCUGGAGAAUUAUUUCCAGUUGCUCAGGCAAGUCGGUCCAGUUGCAAAAGCUACUCGAUCUGGCAAUUAGGAAGAAGGGAGGAUCCUGCAUCGAUACAUAUGCAGCACUGCGAGCUUGAUAAGCUUAAAGUUUAGUAGUGUAAUGCUUACUAGCUAAAUGGCGUGCAUGUCGAUGAUUAAGCAAUGCUAUUGUAGGAGAUGUAUUGACAUGUAAAAUUGUAUCUUUAUUAUGAAAGAUUUAGUGUUCUGAAAGCCCAACAGGAUUGCAGAUUCAA